GUUUUGUCCUCAGCUGAACGACACCACAGUCAUUUUUCCCUUCCUUUCCCUCGUCAACGGGUUCAUCACAGAGUACAAAUUGUUGCUAUAUCGCGCACCUCUUACACCUAGGUCUACACUAUUUCCUGAGGAAGCCGUGAUGUGCGCACACCCGUGAUUACACAAUGGCUUCGUCUUCAGCGCUUUCCUCGCGGAUCUACGCGGCGUUCUGGAUUUUUGGCCUGACCAACAAUGUCUUCUGGGUCAUCAUCCUCAGCGCCGCUCUGGAUCUGGUCGGUCCGGCAGUUCCCAAAGCCACCGUCCUGCUCGUCAGUGUAACGCCCGCCCUCGCCUCCAAAGUGAUCACACCAUAUGUCAUGCAAAAGUUCCCUUAUGGCAUUCGAAUCAUACUCCUUGUAAUAUUGAAUUCCGCCGGCACUUUCACGGUCGCUUCGGCUAUGAUUAGACCCGGAAUUACACGAAUCUCAACCACAUUAGCCGGCAUCGCCCUGGGCAGCAUAGCUGGAGGCAUAGGCGAGGUUAAUUUCUUGAGCAUGGGACAUCAUUACGGUUCGUGGAGUUUGUCAGGUUGGAGCUCUGAAUCAGGGACUGGAGGAGCAGGUCUUGUCGGUGCGAGUGCGUACGCUUUGGUGACAAGCACUCUUGGCUGGAGCGUCCGUACCGCGCUUCUCACAAGCCUCAUUUUCCCAGCUGUCAUGUUGCUCAGCUAUUUUGUGCUUUUGCCUACAGUGGUACUCAGUAGCGACGGGCAGAUCAAAACUGUCUCGGGCGACUAUCAGGGUGUGCACGCAGAUGACGAUGGGGAGGCAGACUAUGACAGCGACAGCUCUACCGGGCGUCACACUCCGGGAUCUUCCACCGUCCUGCUGCAAUCUACUACAUCCGAAGGUCCAGCCUUUUCUGCAUACGCUCCUUCGACCUUUAACUCUCGCUCGCUCUCGUGGGUCGGUUUCCGCAACAAUCUUGUCACCACCAAAAAACUGGUCGUGCCCUACAUGAUUCCGCUGUUCAUGGUAUACUUUGCAGAAUACACGAUCAACCAAGGGGUUGCUCCAACUUUACUCUUCCCACUCGAAGAAUCGCCCUUCACCGAAUACCGAGCCUUUUAUCCCAUGUAUGCCGCAUUGUACCAGACCGGUGUCUUCAUCUCUCGGAGCAGUCUUCCGUUCAUUCGCCUCCGGAGGACCUUGUAUCUGCCGACAUUGAUACAAGUCGCGAUUCUCUCCUUGUUGACAUUACACGCAAUGUACCCGUUCAUACCAUCCGUCUACAUCAUGUUCGUGAUUAUCACCAUCGAGGGACUCAUCGGCGGACUGGUCUAUGUUUCCGCAUUUGCGGAUAUCCGCGAGGAGGUACCCAUUGAAGAACGGGAGUUCAGUCUGGGCGUCGUGGCUUUGGCGGACUCGGUAGGGAUCCUCUGCGCGGGCGUGGCAGGAGCUGCUUUGGAGACGGCUUUGUGUGGAUGGCAAAUCAGGCAUGGGAGGGAUUGGUGCCAUCGUACCUGA